AUGGCGUCCCCGUCUCCUUCAGAGUUCCUGACUUUCUACCGCCGCCUUACGACGCACCCAGCGUUGCGCCGCGGCGUCGUUGCUAGCGUCAACCAAACAAGCCGGCCGCUCAGCACCUCGAUUCCGCGCUACGGCUACGGCAAGCCCGAGAACAAGGCCUUCCCGGACGAGCAGCACACGACCCAAAAGACUGACAGGGCCGACGUUCAGAAUGACAGCUCGCACGCAGGGAAGGAAGCCCACGCCUCUGGCACUGGCGGCAUCGCCUCUAGUCGUAGAGACGACCGUGCGAAUACUGCUCGCGCGAAGAAGGAGUUUCCUGAAGCACCCGACGUCAUCAUCGGCAUGCAGGAUGAACGCGGUGCGAAAGGUCACUGA